GUGAUCGCAGGCAGCGGCAAGCCCCCCACAGGACGGAUGAAUUAGAAAACCUGCUGUAACCACCGCCACCCCCUUUUAUUUUUUAAAAACACAAUAAUUCUCUAUAUUGAAGAGUCUGGCUGUAAACACCGCUGCCUCGAUCUUGACAGUGUGAAGCGGAUACAAGGUUCACAGGUUCACCAUGGGGAUCAAGGCUGCCCUCCCCAGAUAUGAGCUGUAUCUCUACACAGCCGUGCUCGGCGUGGCCUUGAUAUGGGCAGGCAGUUGGAUAUCUGAAGCUUCAAGUGAGAAUAUAAACAGAAAAGCCUUCAAGGAAAGCGUGAAACCAGGAUGGCAUUACUUUGGCAGGAAAAUGGACGUCGCAGACUUCGAGUGGAUGAUGUGGUUCUCUACAUUCCGCAAUCAUAUCCUUUUUGCUCUCAUGGGUCACGUUAUCUUUGCCAAGAUAUUCACCCUCUUAGCUCCAAAGAUUGGUAUUGAUGGAUGUAAGCACAGAUCCUUGAUCUUUGGUGUGUACGGUGGUUUGGCAGUGCUGAUCACCAUGGGCUGGACCUUCAUGGCUCUGGUACUGUCUCACUGCGUCAUACUCUACAGCGUCGCCCUGGUCAAGAAGAAGUGGCUGUGCUUUGUGGCCGGCCUUACCACGCUGGCCUCCAUCAAACUGGAGCCCUAUAACUCCUGGCAGGAAGCCUUGGUGAGCGGCUCUUUCGACCUGCAAGACAUCCUGUUCUAUGGAGGAUGCGGCUUCAGCAUCAUGCGCUGUAUGAGCUUUGCCUUGGAGAACUGCGAGAGGAAGGACGGCAGCUACACGUUCUCCGACCUGCUGCGAUACAACUUCUACCUCCCCUUCUUCUUCUUUGGACCCAUCAUGACUUUCGACAGGUUCCAUGCCCAGGUGAACAACACCCAGCUGACCCGCAAGGACAGGGAGCUGUGGAACAUCACCACCAAGGCCUUGCUGCAUCUGGGGGUGAUUCUGAUGGUGGACGUCUUCUUCCACUACCUCUACAUCUUGACAAUCCCCAGUGACAUGAAGCUGGUCUCCAAGCUUACUGACUGGAGUCUGGCUGGUCUGGCUUAUUCCAACCUGGUGUAUGACUGGGUGAAAGCGGCCGUAAUGUUCGGCGUCAUCAACACUGUGGCUACACUUGACCACCUGGACCCUCCUCAGCCUCCCAAGUGUAUCACCAUGCUCUAUGUCUUCGCUGAGACGCACUUUGACAGAGGCAUCAAUGACUGGCUGUGCAAGUAUGUUUACGACUACAUCGGCGGGGAUCACAAUAAAAUCUUCAAGGAGCUCCUGGCGACCUUCUGCACCUUCGCCAUCACCACCUUGUGGCUGGGCCCGUGUGAGCUGGUUUACAUCUGGUCCUUUUUCAACUGCUUCGGCCUCAACUUUGAGCUGUGGGUGGCCAAGUUGUUCUCCUUUCCGCCAUUUUCAACCAUAGAGGGUGCAAUGGGUGAAGCCAUGUCACGCAGGAUCCGGGGUGUGUUCAACGCCGCCAACUUCUGGACCAUUGUCCUCUACAACGUCCUCUCUCUGAACAGUUUGGGGUUUGCCAAACUGGUGGGAAGACGACUGAUUUUCAAAGGUUUCCCUCUGUCCACCCUCUCUGUGUUACUUGUGACCUACUGUGGCGUCCAGCUGGUGAAGGAAAGGGAGAGACAACAAGCCCUGCUGGACGAUCCGGAGCCGGUGAAGACCGUGGACGGGGGCAAAGAAAAAGCAGAAUAAACCUGACAGAAAAACAGACCCCAUCACAUUGUUCCAUCCUCGGCCUUGCGAACUGUACCUAACCAGACUGUAACAGCCAGUCAGCACCUGUAUUGUUCACAAGCCUGUGUUGUUGUUUUUUUGCCUUUGUUUGUCAGAAGCGAGGCAAUAUUUUGAACUGUGAAAUAUCCUCAAGUGCACUUGCUGUAGAUAAUCGCAACGUCCUUUGGCACAAAUCCAUGACGGGGCAUUUUGUAUUUUAACCGAACAAAAGAUUGUUUGACAAAUGCUAGGCCUGCUAAAUAUUUUACGAUGCUACACCUAAUACUAUAUAUAAAGACAUACAGUAUUGUUAAGGAAUGACUAUGAUCUGUGUGGUUGUCUCCUCUGUUCACUUUAGAUAUGAUUAUUUUUAAUUAUUUACUUAAUUUUGCCUUAGACGCCUAAUCACCACAAUGUUAACAUACUGAAAGGUUUAAAAACUUGAAAUCAGGGUGUAUGGACUGUGGAGGUCCUCCACAUAGCUUGCAGCUGAUUGUAAAGCAUAUUUGCUCUACUGUCGCGAAGCAAAAAUACAAGUCACAAUGUAUAGAAUAGUUAAAGUGGAUGGAGAAUGCAUUAGCUCUCUUGUAAACUUGAAAAAUUGAACUUAGUUCAACCGUCCAGAGAGCGAUAGCUUUCCUCCUAUUAUUACUGUAGGUGUGACGUUUCACCAUGUCUUUCCUCGUCCCUCUCUCACAUGAUCCAGGCCCCUCUGUGAAAGGCAAUAGGCCCCAGCAGGGAAUAUGGGUGAACUCUCUUAUCCUGCCUGUCACCAAAGCCUGCUGUCUGUCGUCAGCGCAGCAGGCGGAGACAGAAAAAAAAGUGCAUGCAAGAUUGUAAUGCCUUUUCUCAUUUGUAGGGUUUUUAUUCAAAGGUGUUCGUUUCAAAUGUUUGACUUGAAAUAAAGUUUUGGUUCAUCCAAAUGUGACAUAGAAGUUUGUUGCAGCAGAAUGGAGUGGAGACCAAAGUGGAAGUAUGGUUGUUUGCUUCGAUGUGUGAGCACAGUCCGUCUUAAAUCUGAAACAAUAAAAUUGCGAUGCUUUAAU